ACGACUACGACCCCGGCCACGAAUCACGACGCGGACACGAUGAGCAACUCCUCGCAAAGCCUCGAGUUGCUUUUCACCUUCCUCUCGAGGUCGUAUACUACCUUAGAGACCAAUUUCUUCAAGAUCCCCGGUUCCGCUGUCGUCGCGCGCUAUGUCAAGUCAUCGCACCAGAACGACCCUGGCCGCACUCUGCUCGAAGCCAUCCUGAUCAUCUUCGCUAUCCGGACCCUUCUGCAAUCCCGUACGCGUGGUGACCAGUCCGCAAAGCACUUCAUUCAGUUCGACGAGAAGGAAAUCGAUGAGCUUGUGGAUGAGUGGACCCCAGAGCCUCUGGCUCAGCCCCUCUCUGCCCACGAGCAAGCCGAGCUCGCGUCUGUGCCUGUCAUUGUCGGCCCCAACGGUCCCAAGCCUAAACUAGCGUCCGGAAAGAUUGUCACCAACCUGGCUAGCUAUAACUUCACUGGGCUCGCCGGCAACGAGGAAAUCAAGGUCGCUGCUCUUGACACGUUGAAGCGGUUUGGCCUGGGCAGCUGCGGUCCCCCUGGAUUCUACGGUACCCAAGACGUGCAUAUCCAAUUGGAGAAGGACAUCGCCGACUUCCUAGGCACUGAGGCGUCAAUCAUCUACUCGCAGGCGUUUGCAACGAUUUCCUCUGUUAUCCCGGCGUUCUGCAAGCGUGGUGAUAUCAUCGUCGCCGACCGUGGCGUAAACUUCGCUAUCCAGAAAGGUCUCCAGAUCUCCCGCUGCACGAUCCGCUGGUAUGACCAUAACGAUAUGGAGAGUCUCGAGCACGUCCUCGAGAGUGUAGAGAAGGAGAGGCAGAAACGCAAGUCCCCGCUUACUCGUCGCUUCAUCGUGACGGAGGGUAUCUUCGAUCACGACGGUGCUAUGUCUGACUUACCUAAGCUUGUUGAAUUGAAGAAGAAGUACAAGUACCGCCUCAUUUUGGACGAGACCCUUUCGUUCGGCAGUGUUGGUCGCACUGGUCGUGGCUUAACGGAGCUCUACAACGUCCCGGCGUCCGAGGUUGAUAUGCUUGUCGGCUCCAUGGCUACGGGUCUCUCUUCCUGCGGUGGCUUCUGCGCAGGUUCUCACGUUGUCGUGAAUCACCAGCGUAUCAACGGAACCUCAUUCGUGUUCUCCGCUUCAAUGCCAGCCCUGCUCACCGUUGCUGCCUCCGAGGGCAUUAACGUACUUCGCAACAGCCCCUCGAUCCUCACAACGCUCCAAGAGAACGUCCGCGCAGUCCGCGCGAUUCUCGACCGUGUCGACUGUAUUCACAUCCCCUCGCACCCCGCCAGCGCCGUCAUUCACCUCCAGAUCCGCUGGCCCACUCUCCAGGUACCCUCCGCGAUGACGGCGACUCCCUCCUCGAGCAGCAAGUCGUCGCGGUCGAACCCACUUUUAGUCAAGCCGCGCGACCCACCGCAGUUCAACGUAGAGCUUGAGGAGAGGCUCCUGCAGGAGGUCGUCGACGAGGCGCUCGCGCAGGGCGUGCUGAUCACGCGCGCAAAGCGUCUGCGCGGACAGGAGCUGAUCGAAGUGCGGCCCAGCGUGCGGCUGGCGGUUACUGCCGCGCUGUCACGGAAGGACUGCGAGAAGGCCGCGGCCGUUGUCAAGGCCGCUUUCGUCAAGGUUGUUGGGAAGCGCCGCUAGAGACUGCUAGGGACUGGGAGAGGACUUGGUGAUUCGCAACAAUGGGAAAUUGGCUUAUUCGCUCCUCCGCUUAGAGCAUGCGUUACGCGUGUGUAUGGUCAUGUAAUAGCUGUAGUUAUACUCAUCUAAUGGUUCACAAUGCUGAGUUGCG